UUGUAAAUUGCCAAAACAGAAAAGAGGCACCAUCCCCUCAUCCUCCUCCUGCACUGCCAUGCGCCCCCAUUCUCAUUCCUCCUCUUCCAAGUCCUCGAGGCGCCACUCCUCGACCUUCGACGGAGGCGGCGGCGGCGGCCACCACCACCACCUCCUCCCCAGCAUCUCCAUCUGCGCCUCCUGCAAGAACUCCCCCUCCGCCGCCACCCUUGACCUCCUCAUCCUCCUCCUCAUUCUCUUCUGCUCCGCCUUCCUCACUGCUUCCUCCCUCGCCCACGUCUUCCGAUCUCUCGACCUCCUCCUCCCCGCCGCCUCAUUCCGCCACGCACCCUACCCCUACCUUGCCGCUCUCCUCCUCUUUCUCGCCGCCUCCUUCGCUGUCGCCUUACUCUCCUGCUUCCGGCCAUGCUUCCUUCCCUGGUCCCGCCUCCGCUUCUGCGGAAGGCCUCGCUGCCGCGGCCUCAAGAAGGCCCUCGAGUUCGAUGUCCAGCUUCAGACCGAGGAGUGCAUCCGCUCGCCCGACCCCGCUCAGGUCGCCGCCUUGAAGGAAAUCGACGAUCUACCCUGGAAGGGAGGUCAGCAAGGUAACAACCCCGAUUAUGAAUGCCUGCGCGUAGAGCUCAGGAGGAUGGCUCCGCCCAAUGGCCGUGCCGUCUUGUUCUUCCGUGCCCGAUGCGGUUGUCCACUGGCAAAGCUCGAGGCCUGGGGACCCAAGCGCCGGCACAAGAAUUCAAAUGGUAUUGAUCAAGACAAAGCUUGUCUUAUCCAAUAAUGUACGGAGUUGGCCUAGGCAAGAAGAUUUUCUUUCGAUGGAUCGUCCUUCGUUUCUGUCCGUUACUUCUAGGAGGGGAUAAAGCACUACAAUAGCGAAGGGGCAGGGUCGAAGAGAAGAAUAAACCAAAGCACUAGAUGUAGUAAAGAGGAGUUACAUUUGAGUCAGAGAAAUGGAGAUGCUUUCAUAUUUUGUACCUUGAGUCCUUGCUCAAGUUCUAGUUGUUUCAGUCCAAGUGCAACUCAUGGUGGCUAACUAACAUAUAUUUUUAUAUUCAUGGACAUGUAGAGAAAGUUAUGAGUGCAUUAUUUAGUUUGGAUCUUAAAGAAUUGUGAAAGUGAUGUCACUAGGAUUGUAUGAGAACAUACACUUCCAUUUGAUGCACAACUAUGAUGGUGUUAAUAAGUCAUAAUCAUUGAUCAAGAUGGUCGUUAUAUUUUAUAAGUUGUUCCUCUAAAAUUUUAUUUCAAUAGGUUGUCUUGUUGUUACAACUUUAUAUUUAGUGGGAAGCAAGUAAGUGAAAUAUAAUUAUAAGAUUAAAACUCAUUUGAGUUGAGGUAACAUAUUUUGAAGCUUGCCAAAAUGUGCCAAGCGUCGGCAUGAUUCAAGACCAAUACCAUACUGUCCUGAACAGAGAUAAAAAAAAUCCAGAAUGAAUCAAUACUUGAAGCCUUGGUUUUAGUCUUUUAGAUUUAAUCCCUUACUGAAAUUGCUUCAACCAUCAUUCUAGAACCAAUUUGAAUUAGUAACACUCAAUAAAAUCCUUGCUUAAGACAAGAAGCAAAGUGUUGGAGUUAAUAGUUGAAUGAGUGUUUAACAGAAGUUAAUCUCCCUUUAGAGUAUUAUUACUUCAAGUGUUAUGUUAGAGUCCAUAUGUGCAUGUAAUGGCUCUCUUGAUGGAAUAACAUUUUUCAAGUCGUUAUCACAACCAACUUGCUGUUAAUGUAAGGGUUUUCAUCUAGAAUCCCUUUAGGGGAAGGUCACUGGUUUCACACAACAGUGUGACCUCCCCUCUUCCCUCCUCUCCUUUACAUAGCCGCCUUCUUUUUUCCUUUAUCUCCAUUUGGCACUUUGUUUUUAUCCCCUAUCCAUGUGUACCUCCAGAUCUUUGUCCUCCAUAUCUUGCUCUAGUCGUCUAUCACUAGUUCUCCAACUUUUAGACUGCGUGCUAGGUAUCUUCUUCACCAUCCGCAUCAUGUAGAUUGUCAUCUAGAAGUUGCUCCAGUCAACAAUCUGGGGCAAAAAGCAAACCUUUGCAUCGUGAUGACCUUGUGUUUUUUUUUGCAACCAUUGCUAUAGGAAGGCCUUGCAAAUUCAUCUUCAACAUCCUAUCUUCAUCCAGGACACGAGAUUCAAAGAAAAAGCUUCCUUCCUUCUUGAACUUGCUAAAAGUUCACAGAUCUAUGAGGUGUUGCUAGAGCCUAGCUAGACUUUCCUGCUCUGCUGCCUCGAGAAGUGAUGAACCUUAUAUUAGCUCCUUCCUCCUCCACUUCUUUGCCUCUGAAACUUAAAAGUUUUCUGUGCUUCCAUCCUACUAUUACCUCAUCAUUGUGCAAUCCAGCGUGGAUGAAUUCCUUGUUUGCAAUGGCCUCGGUUGGCUUGCCUCCUUCCUGCCUUCCUAACCUGCAAGUACAUGACUUAGCUUCACCUAUGACAUGCACAAGCAACUUAUUUAAUCACAAUUUCAUAGACCUAGUCCACACUUGUGACAUGACAUCUCCUCCAUCAGUGCCAUUCGCACUCUUAGCUAACUAUACCUACCAUGGCCUUUGGAACGUGUGCUAUUUAAGCUCAACCUAGAUUGGUGAAGCUUGUGCAGGGUCAAAUUUUAAAAAAAGAGAUACUUUAGCAGCAAAUGAAAGCAUUACAAGGCAGCGAUUAAAAAAUUGACAAAUUG